AGUAUAUUAGCGGAACCGCCGUCGAUGUGUGACACAGAUAUCGACGAUUUGAUACAACACUCUCACGACAACCAAAGCAAUGAUGACUUUCCAUCUGAAUAUUGCGAUGACUUCGAAGAAUAUGAAUCAGAUUUCGAGGAAGAAGACGAAGAAGACAACGACCACAACAGCAAACAACACACUCAACACAUAUCUGACGAAGAAGAAGAAAAAGUUGAUUCUCCUUUACAAGAUGAUUCAAAACAAGUGAAUUCUGGUCUCCAAUCAAUAGAAAACAUGCCUAAAUUUGAUAAAACUUAUCAAUCAAUUACUGAAUCUGUAAAAAGUGCUAAAAUUCGUUCAGAAGUGGAACUGAAGAGAAAUGAAGUGAUGAAUAGGAGUAAAGAACUGCUGGAAAUAAUCAAACUUGAUAAAAUAUUCUUCACAAAUGUUGAUUUGCCACCAAUUAAUUACGAUAUGUUUAUCAAGACAUUUGGUCGCAAAGACGCAAAACAAGUCUCGUGUCAGACCAUUGAUCGCGAAGAUAACGAAACACAAACCGAUUCAUUGGAAAUGUGCACAAAAUGGACACAAAAUCCUUCGGCGACGCGAUUAGUGGCCGGAAAUGAGAGCCAAUUAAACGAUAAAUUGUCUUCGAAUUCAUAUCCAAUUCCUAAAGGAGUGAACGCUUCUCUACAAACUUAAGGACAAUAAAAUGCUUGCCAUUAGCGAAGAAGUGUCCAAUUGUUUACUCGUUUUGCAACACUUUAUAUUUAU